AUGGACUAUUCACGCGACCUGAGGCCUUGGGAGUACGAGCAUACGAAGCGAAUCCAUGUCUACAAGAUACCUGCCGCCACAUUUCCCAGUGCGUCCAGUGAGGACUUCGGGGAUCUUUCUGACACCGGCUCCAAAGAUGUCAUAGCAAAGAUUCUGGCGAAAAUGUAUUACCAGGUCACUGCGGCGCACAACGACAGACAGUUCGAGCGCUCUCAGGAACCCUGGUGCUUUGCAUUGCCAUCUUUCACCUUCGAGACUGCAUAUGGGGGUGAGCAGGUAGUCGGACUGGACGCAUAUCUCGAGCUAGGAAAGAAGUUGUUCGGCGACCCCAAGUUGAAAGUCGAGGUUUUGGACGUGUCUAUUCAGAUCGACCCUAUAGCAGGCAUGGCGGAGGUCUUCGCAAACCAGGCCCUAGUCUCGCCAAAGCUGACGAGGAGAAGUGUCUGUGUUGUGGAAUUUCGAAGAGUCGAAGGACAGUGGCUCAUGGCAUGUGGGAAGAACAUCAAAGGUGAUGAUAACAUUUGA